UUUAGUGACGUCAUGUGAAAACCAGCUAUUCGAUCUUGAACUGGUUUUCGACCUGCCGAACCGGACGCCAGAGCCCACGUAGACAGUCUUGCUAGAAGUUGCGAAAAUUUCCUAGUUCUUUCAAUUGCUGAAUAACUUUUCAUUUGAAGCAAGGGCGUUUGAAGUCUCAACAUGUACGGCAUCAUCACCGGCGGCACCCGAGGUCUGGGAUUCGAUGCAGCCGAGGAGCUAGCGAAGGACGGCUACACGCAUUUGAUCCUUACCUACAACUCGAACACGGAGCGCGCGACAAAAUCGAAGAAGGUCCUGGAGGAAAAGUAUGGAAUCUCAGUGUUCCUUGUGAAAGGAGAUUUAGUUCAACCUGAAACUGUCGAUGCAAUCUUUGAAUGCGUGGAGAAGAAUUUUGGAAACAAGCUCAACACUCUCGUUCAUAACGCUGGCGCCGCGAUCGGCGUGACAUCCAUAGCUGAAACUGACGAAGCUAAAAAGGCCGCUGCGAGUUACAAGAAAACUAUCGGCUCUGGCGAAUUUGACGAUUUUUCUGCCUAUGAUUAUUUUCAAGAUAUAUAUCCCAAGUGUUUUAUUCGAAUGGUGGAAAGAUCGAUCAAAAUUAUGGAGGAUGGUAAAGGUUAUAUCUUGGCGAUCUCCACGUACGGCUCCAAUUGCAUCCAAACUCCCAAACCUGGAUACGCCAUCACUGCCCAAGCCAAAGGUGGCUUAGAAUUAUUGGUGCGAUAUUACGCUCAAGCCCUGGCCCCUCGCGGGAUUACUGUGAACGUCAUCAUCCCUGGCUUUAUCCUUUCUGACGCGUGGCAUCAUUUGACAGCGAGUAUGGGUGGUGUUGAAAGCAAGGCUGUAAAGGCGAAGAUUCAGGGGACCCCCAUGAAGCGCUUCGGGGAAGGUCGGGAGUUUGGUCACGUGGUUUCUUUUCUUUGCUCACCCAAGGCAUCGUUCAUUACAGGGGUGUCCUUGCCAGUGGAUGGGGGGCUCCAUCUCCAAUGAUUGGAUUCCAUUUUACCGAGCGCGUUUCACCUAGUUCAAAACAGCAGACUUUUUUUCCCAAAGUCUUCUGGUUACAUUUCAUUUAAGACGGAAUAUCCAUUUUCUUACCACUGCUUUCCAUUAAAAAAUAAUAAAUUGCAGCUGCAAGACGCUUUCACUGUAAUAUCAUAGUAUAUCUCCCCACUCGGAGGAUAGCCUGUAUUGUGGACAUCUUAGCUGGGCGAGCGAUGGAUAUUUUUGUUUUUGUAUCAUGGAAGAGGGCGUGGUGUCACCGGGCGGGGAAGAUGAGCCAAAAAAGACUUGUUCCUUCCCCUCCCCUCUGCUGUCAAUUGUCAAUCAGCCUCACUCAGUACUCGUUAGUGCCACAUAUUAGUUUCUAAAGAAACCUCCGGGGGUCUUUGGCGGGCAAAUGAAUCUCUUGGCUUUUCAUCGAGUAAGAUCGAGUAAGUGCUCUGACGAAGAGCUCACGCUCGAAACGUCAACUUCGCUAACUCGUUGAGACGGUUUCUUUACCUUUACCAACUACAAGUUGCAUGAUGAAAAGCUCAGUGUGAGAGCAACUAGUUCAGUUGUACCUGAACCAGAAAGAAAACGUUUUCCUGCGCUCUGAUUUGCUAUUAAAACUAAGUAUGCUUUCAUAUUUCGUUGCCUAGUAUACCGGUAAUCGAUCUGCUACAGUUUCGGCACGUUACUCUCAGUUACUACGCGCGCUGUGAUUGGCCAAUUUAGCGGGCCUU